AUUUAAAAACCCGUUCCUUCAAUAUUCCGAAAGCUUUGGGUUGCCUGUUGGAACUGGCCCUUUAUGAAGUCAAACAGGAAGUGGAUCCAAGUUCACGUGGAUUUGCUGGUUGUGCAGGGAGAGUCGGAUUGCACAUACACAGUACCGCACAUACACGGUGAUGGCUGCUUGCACUGAGGUGAAAGUGCAGGGAUAUGAGGAGUUCUGCGAGGCGCUAAAGAAACACAAGGGAAAGCAAGUGUUUGCUUAUUUCUCGGGGAAUAAGAACGAGCAGGGGGUGAGCUGGUGCCCUGACUGUGUGAAAGCUGAGCCAGUGGUCCGUGGGGAACUCAAGAACCUUCCAGAAGGAUCGGUCUUUAUAUACUGUCAGGUUGGAGAGAGGCCUUACUGGAAGGACCCAAAAAAUGAGUUUAAGGAAAAUCUGAAACUGACUGGAGUCCCAACUCUUCUCAAGUGUGGAACACCACAGAAGCUGGUGGAAGAGGAAUGCCUUAAUACUGAUCUAGUGAACAUGAUGUUUACAGAAGAUUAACACUACCUGUCAGAAGAGCGGUUAAUGUUAAUAAACAAAGAUUCAGCUGACUGGAGGCCCUGAUGGAGGAUUUUAAUGAAAUCAUAAUUCAGUGAAUUCACAUGUUUUUCUUUGGUUCUUUUAUGAGAAUCUGUAAUUGUGUAAUCUGGAAACAGCACAGGAUGAUUCUGAAAUUCUCUUUGUUUAAAUAUCUAAAUAUUUGGUGAAGUCAGUUCGAGGUGCAACCAUGAGAAGCAUGUAAUAGGGCACUAUGACUAAAAAAUAAAGUUUUAUUUGUGUCUGUAA